AUGGCUGCCAAAGCGAUUAAGAAGAAACUAAAGACUAUCGCCUCUGAACUUGCAGCACUAUUGUCACAGUUUGAUGUUUCAACUGGUAACAUCAACGAAGUGCGUGUAAGGAUCGAAUGCUUGCCUGAUAUCUCUGAGAGAUUUGAACCGCUUCAAAUACACGGCUUUUGCGACGCUUCUCAAUUGGCAUUUGGUGCAUGUUUGUACCUGAGGUCGGUCGCACGUGACUGCAGUGUGUAUGUACACUCGUACACAUCAAAGUCCAGGGUUGCACCAAUGAAGGCCACGACCAUACCGAGGCUCGAGUUUAUAUGGCGCUGUGACAUUAGCCGAACUUGUCCUUAA